AUGGAACGAAUGGUUCGCUCACAUACUCUACGGACAGUCUACUGUUCGUCAUUACAUGCUCAGAAAGUGAGCAAUGCCAGUAUCCGCUUGACACGGGCAUUCUCAUCUGUGGCCUCGAACCAAAAUGAAGCCGACUCGAAGCCAUCACUAGUGAAGAAGAUACCCAUAGCUUCUCGCCCACGAGUCAUCGAUGCACGAUCACUCGGCGCCGGCCGUGUUGCUUCUAACCAGGCAAACAUCAUCCGAGCACCUCAAUUACGACUCAAGCGUGGCACAUCCUUCCGCGGCCGACCAGGUGCAGGAACAAGAGGUAGAGCAGCAGCAACAGGAGGAAAAACAUCUGCCAAAUCCCGCACAGGCAAAGCAACAGCAUCCAAACGCCCACGCCGUAAGCGUGACGACGACGACGACAGCGAAGAAGCAGGCCGCGGAAACGAUCUAGAUGCCGUGUAUAAAGAAGUGCAAAAUGCCUCUAAGCCCAAAACUGUGCGGUACACACCCGUGACCUACGAUGCGGCUGCUCUCAAAGAUACAUGGCCCUCCUUGCCCACGGGGAAAGCGGGAUCAACGGGCACUGUUGUGGAACGAUUGAACCUGAUGAGUCGCCGAUUUGGACAUGGCUAUGUCUCACCGCAGGAACUGGCCAAGAGACUCUUUGAAGGCGAACGGGUAUUCUUCAGCAGCGAGGAAGAAAAGAAAACCGUCAUGGCAGAAGUCACUCGCCUAGCACAGGACCGCGCCGACAAAUUGACUCAACGCAAAGGUGAUUUAAUCGAACCCGAAGAUUCGAGUUUUGCGUCUAUCAAGGACGAGGAUAGGAAAGCUCUUGUGGGCCAGAUUGUGCGCGGCAAGUACGAGGGCUGGCAGAAGGGAAAUGUGCGUCAUCCAGUGCUGGAUGAGGUGCAGAGACAGCUUUAUAAUAAUGAGACUUAUCGGAUGACGGGGAAACAGGCGGAGUUUAUGGGCAAGUUUCAGGCAUUGCUUGCUUCGGCGCAGCGUGCUAAACGGGCAACGUCUUGA